AUGACAUUAGCUCUGGGGCUACUUUGCGCUUGGGACUUGUACGAGAAGGUCCUCGUGUCCCAUCUUGCUAAAAAGUACAAAACGGUUCCCUUACCGGACGUGCCCACUUACAGCUCUAACGACGUAAGCAUCGUUGUUCCGACCAUAGACACCGACUCGAACUUCAUCGAAUGUAUGCGUCUCUGGCUUAAGAGCAAGCCUCGCGAGAUCAUCGUUGUCACUGUGCCGAGAUGCGAGGCCCAUGUCCUCCAGUUGCUUGCACCAGUGCUGAACGACAAGAUCACCAUUUUGACUGUGCCCCUGGCCAACAAGCGACAGCAACUUAUGGCUGGGGUCAAGGCCGCUACUGGCAAGAUUAUUGCUCUGGUUGAUGAUGAUGCCUACUGGCGGGGCCCCGCCGUGAUUCCCUACCUCCUGGCUCCGUUCGAAAAUCCCGAGGUUGGCUUGGUCGCAGGAUUGCAGAGCCCCGAAAUCCCACACGAGCGUCGAAACGCCAAGGCCAUUACGGUUUGGGAAGCGGCUGCAUCGCUCGACAUGCUCAAGAUGAACCAUGACCAGCCGGUACGAUUUACGGCAGAUGGCGGCUGCUGGGUCCUUGUCGGACGGACUAUGUUUGCUCGGGCGAGCAUCCUCCAAGACCAGUGCUUCUCAAACUCAUUCGCGCAUGAAGUUGUGAACCACAAAGUUGUGAACGCCGCAGACGAUGUCUACGUAACCAGUUGGGCACUGGAUCAUGGCUGGAAGAUUUGCGUCCAGAACGCGCCCGAGGCCGAAAUCACGACCGACAUUAAGCGUGAUUGGAAAUUCGCAUUGCAGAAUCUUCGCUGGGAGAGAGGUAAUUUCCGCACUUUCACCACGCGCCUCUUUGUAAGUCCCGGCUAUCGGCUUUUGAACAAGAGACACCCCUACUUGACUCGAAAGCUUCUCGAGAAGCUUACUCGGCCACUCUGGGCCUUUGCGUAUAUCUCUGCUUGGUUCAGGACGCUUCAGACUGCGCCGUGGCUUGCGAUCGCCUACGUGAUAUGGAUGGCCUUCGGAUGGGGUGGAUGGGUCUCAAAUUAUCGAGCAUUUAUCAGACAAUAUCCCUAUAUGGCGGGCAAAGUCUGGGCGCUUAUUUUUAUGGAGAACAUGGGGCCUAUUGUAGACGUGUAUGCACUGUUCACUAUGAACGACGAUAGUUGGUUAACUAGGACGGCUGAUACCCAAUCUCCAGCCAGCAGCCAUGGUUGCAAGUUUAAGAUCUGGUUCCGCAUGCGGCCCAUCACUACUUAG